CGACAUGAAGCUGGCCCGCGCUCUGCUCCCCCUGCUUCUGCAGGCCUGCUGGGCCACCGCCCAGGACGUCCCAGCCAACUCGAAGGCCAUUGCAUUCCAAGACUGCCCGGUGGACCUAUUUUUUGUCCUGGACACCUCUGAAAGUGUGGCUUUGAGGCUGAAGCCCUAUGGAGCCUUGGUGGACAGGGUGAAGGCCUUCACCAAGCGUUUCAUUGACAACCUGAGAGACAGGUACUACCGAUGUGACCGCAACCUGGUGUGGAAUGCAGGCGCACUGCACUACAGCGAUGAGGUGGAGAUUAUCAGUGGGCUGACACGCAUGCCAAGUGGCCGCGAUGCACUCAAGAGCAGCGUGGAUGCUGUCAAGUACUUCGGCAAGGGCACCUACACUGACUGCGCCAUCAAGAAGGGGCUGGAGGAACUGCUCAUUGGGGGCUCCCAUCUGAAAGAGAACAAAUACCUGAUUGUGGUGACAGACGGGCACCCCCUGGAGGGCUACAAAGAGCCAUGUGGAGGCUUGGAGGAUGCUGUCAAUGAGGCCAAGCACCUGGGCAUCAAAGUCUUCUCAGUGGCCAUCACGCCUGACCACCUGGAGCCCCGGCUUAGCAUCAUUGCUACUGACCACACGUACCGGCGCAACUUCACGGCAGCUGACUGGGACCAGACAAGGGAUGCAGAGGAGGCCAUCAGCCAGACCAUUGACACCAUCAUUGACAUGAUUAAAAAUAACGUGGAGCAAGUGUGCUGCUCUUUCGAGUGCCAGCCUGCCAGGGGACCUCCUGGGCCACGAGGUGACCCUGGAUACGAGGGAGAGCGUGGGAAGCCAGGGCUCCCAGGAGAGAAAGGAGAAGCUGGAGACCCCGGAAGGCCAGGGGACCUCGGACCUGUUGGCUACCAGGGAAUGAAAGGAGAAAAAGGAAGCCGUGGGGAGAAGGGCUCAAGGGGACCCAAGGGCUACAAGGGCGAGAAGGGCAAACGAGGCAUCGAUGGUGUGGAUGGCAUGAAGGGGGAAUCAGGGUACCCAGGGCUGCCAGGCUGCAAGGGCUCACCUGGAUUCGACGGCAUCCAAGGACCCCCUGGGCCCAAGGGAGAUCCUGGUGCUUUUGGACUGAAAGGAGGAAAGGGUGAGCCUGGAGCAGAUGGGGAGCCUGGAAGGCAGGGGAGCACAGGGCCCCCUGGAGAUCAGGGCGAGCCAGGAGAGCCUGGCCUUCCAGGAGAGAAAGGAGAAGCCGGGGAUGAAGGGAACCCGGGACCUGACGGACCCCCUGGGGAGAAGGGUGGCCCUGGAGAAAGAGGACAACAGGGGACGCCUGGCCUGCGAGGCCCCAGAGGAGACCCAGGUGAAGCUGGACCUCAAGGUGACCAGGGAAGAGAAGGCCCUGUUGGCGUCCCUGGGGACCCGGGUGAGGCUGGUCCUGUUGGACCUAAAGGAUACCGAGGUGAUGAGGGACCCCCAGGGGCUGAGGGUACCAGAGGUGUUCCAGGACCUGCAGGCCCACCCGGAGACCCUGGGCUGAUGGGUGAGAGGGGAGAGGACGGCUCUCCAGGAAACGGUACUGAGGGCUUCCCUGGAUUUCCGGGGUAUCCAGGCAACAGAGGCCCUCCUGGGAUCAACGGCACUAAAGGCUACCCUGGACUCAAAGGGGAUGAAGGUGAUGCCGGGGACCCAGGAGAAGACAACAAUGAUAUUUCACCUCGAGGUAUCAAAGGAGCCAAGGGAUAUCGGGGUUCUGAAGGCCCUCAGGGACCUCCAGGACACAUGGGACCACCAGGACCCGACGAGUGCGAAAUUUUGGACAUCAUCAUGAAAAUGUGCUCUUGCUGUGAGUGCAAGUGUGGCCCCAUUGACGUCCUCUUCGUACUGGACAGCUCUGAGAGCAUUGGCCUACAAAAUUUUGAGAUCGCCAAGGACUUCAUUAUCAAGGUCAUUGACCGGCUAAGUCGGGAUGAGCUGGUCAAGUUUGAGCCAGGGCAGUCCCACGCAGGUGUGGUACAGUAUAGCCACAACCAGAUGCAGGAGCACGUGGACCUGAGGAGCCCCAACAUCAGGAACAUGCAGGAACUGAAGGAAGCCAUCAAGAAGCUGCAGUGGAUGGCAGGGGGCACAUUCACAGGGGAGGCCCUACAGUACACCCGGGACCGGCUGAUGCCACCCUCCUCGAACAACCGCAUCGCCCUGGUCAUCACAGAUGGGCGCUCAGACACCCAGAGGGACACCACACCCCUCAAUGUGCUCUGUGGCCCUGACAUCCAGGUGGUCUCUGUGGGUAUCAUGGACUUGUUUGGCUCAUCCCCAAGCUCUGACCAGCUGAACGUCAUCUCCUGCCAAGGCCUGUCAACCCAACGCCGGCCAAGCAUCUCACUUGUCAAGGAAAACUAUGCAGAGCUGUUAGAAGACAGCUUCCUAAAGAAUGUAACUGCUGAGAUCUGCAUAGAUAAGAAGUGUCCAGAUUACACCUGCCCAAUCACAUUCUCCUCCCCGGCCGACAUCACCAUCCUAUUGGACAGCUCAGCCAGCGUGGGCAGCCACAAUUUUGAGACCACCAAGAACUUUGCCAAGCGCCUGGCUGAGCGCUUUCUCACAGCAAAGCACAAGGACCCCUCCCAUGAUGUGCGUGUGUCAGUGGUACAGUACAGUGGUACAGGACAGCAGAGGCCAGAACGGGCAGCACUGCAGUUCUUACAGAACUACACAGUGGUGGCAAACAGUGUGGACAGCAUGGGCUUCCUCAAUGAUGCCACUGAUGUCAUCGACGCCCUGCGCUAUGUCACCCGCUUCUACCAAGAGACCUCCUCAGGCACUGCCAAGAAGAAGCUGCUGCUAUUCUCAGAUGGCAACUCACAGGGCAUCACAGCAGCUGCCAUAGAGAAGGCUGUGCAGGAGGCCCAGCGGGCAGGCAUCGAGAUCUUCGUGGUGGUGGUGGGUCCCCAGGUGAAUGAGCCCCACAUCCGUGUGCUGGUCACUGGCAAGACAGCUGAGUACGACGUGACCUUUGGUGAGCGGCAUCUAUUCCGUGUACCCAGCUACCAGGCCCUGCUUCAGGGCGUCUUCUACCAGACCGUCUCCCGGAAGGUGGCACUGGGCUAA